AUUUAGACAAAGCAAAAGUGUUGUUCCGACGCGUUUGUGUGAUUCUCGUGUUUUUUUCGUGGUUCUCAAUUCCCGUACCUCAUUUCGCCACUCGUUUGUACACCCUUCUCUUUUACCGUUCGUUGUGGUCGGGGUGAUACAAUAGUGAGUGACAUGCCAAUCGGAGGCACAGGCAGUGGCAGGGGGCUUUGCCAGAUUAUUCAUUCGUUUUGUCGCUCGUCGUCAACGACCUUCUUCUCAAUAUUUGAGCAUGCCGGCGGUGACGCCUCCUCCUCGCGUUCUAGACGUCGAAUCUUUCGACGGACGCCCUUCGACCAACCAGCUACGCGACGACAAAAAAGAAAACUUUCGGCAAGUUUCGCUUGCCGCGGUCAAGAAUGUUGACACGGAUCUGGAUUGGAGGGCCAAAAGCUCGGGCGCUCCGCCGUACUUCGGCUUUGGAAAUGAUGUGGACAGGGCAAGCAAACGAAACGCACCGACGCAGCACGGAAGUGGGUACAACACCACCAAUGUGCCGUCAAUCCAACGGCUAGGAAUUAGAGACACAACGAGAAGAAGAACCAUCAUCCUCGUGGGAGAGCGAAAGGAAACUCACGCGUCUCCGGAGCCAGCACGUGGUCGUGCAGCGCGAGACACUUUGACGAUCUACCUUCCACCGCAGCGGCACGAACAGGAAGUGCAAGGUGGUCAGAUCGAUUGCAAGCCUCCAUGUUCAUGCGCCUACAGUAGAAGCACGAGUACCACAUCAAGGACUGCGGCAACACGACCACCUUCGGCGUCCCAGGAAGCUACCGAGUUGACAGCGCUCGCAAAGCAAAAGCGCAACAGACGUGGCAAACGCAGAGCUAGAGGUGGAGGCCGCAGUCAACAUGAUCAUGCAACGCUUCCUCAUACCGACCACCACAAUGAUCAUGUCGGAGACCAAAAAGAUAGUGGUUCUGUCGAGAACUUUACAUCAUGCGAGACGCGACCGAUGAAUUUUACGAAAGGGGAGUAUUCUGCAUGCAGUGACAAGCCGGGGGGAGGAGCAACUGGAAAUGGAUGCAGAAUAGCGAUGGAGAUGGUGGUGCCAGAGCCACAUGAUACAAGAACCCCUGGAACUGCGCACGGGGAACACGAAGUCGAAGAAGACGGGCUGGACAGGGUGGGCCAAAAUGCAGGAGCUAAGCAACAACACGUGCCCAUCAAAAAGCCUUCUUCUUCUUUCAAGCUGUAUGUGUAUUCUUCAUCGAUAAAGGUCGCCGACGUUCUCGAGCCAUUUCAAAGGAACUCAACAGCGCAAAAUGGCCAAAGCAUGCAGCUGUUGCCCAUGCAAUACAGAAAGCGAAGUCCAGAUGAGACCUACCGCAUUGUGUCGGAAUUUAGCCGGAAGGUCAAGGAACUUUGUCAGGAAUCUGCCAGCGGCACAGCCACAAUGGGUGUCGCAACAAGCAAGCGCCGACUUAUUUCCGAUUUGAAGCAAAUGCUUCACGAAGAGGUUUUGCAUCAUCUUCCGCGCUGCAACGUACUGGAUCUGUGCUGCGUUUUUCAUUCGUUGGCACGCCUUUACCAGAAACAAGAAAAGCUGCGAGAUAAGUCAAUUACAUCCCUCUGCGACGGGACUUUUUUAACCGUUCUGGACUCCGAGGCAACACGAAAAGUUUCCGGCAUGUGGCCCCGGGACAUUGCUAAUAUCCUCUGUGUGUUGUCCGCGAUGAAAACGAUUCCUACGAAAACGCUCUUGGCCGCCUUUUCCGAGCGAGUUUGCACUUACACCAGACGACAUCAAUUCAAUUGCUUUGACAUCGCGCAGGUCUGCAUGGCGGCUGGCCGCUUCGUCAAGCUCGGUCGACUGCAUGCAAGAGGUCAUGACUCAUCAAGCAGGGACAUUCGGUUCAUUAAAGAAAUCAGCCGCUCGAAUUCGGAUUCGCAAGCAUCUUCGUCGACGUGCUGUCAUCUUCCGACCGACCGAUCAGAGUGGCGGGCUGCUGCUUCUGUCAAGGAGAAUAGAGAAGACCCUGCACUGGCAAGCUCCUUCCUGAGCGCCGAGGCUAUUGCAGCACUCGUAGAGGAAGUACAGCAUGUGGCAGGAAGCAUGAACGCCAUGGACCUGUGCCACACGAUCCGCGGCUUCUUCGACCUGCGCUCAUUUCGUCGCCACGCCGUCGUCGGUGCUCUUGGUCGUGCCUUUGGUGCAAGGCUCAGCGAAGUGCGAGAACGUUUUAAAGUCGAGGAACUUUGCGGGACAUUGCAGUGCCUGGCUGAUCUCGAAUUCGCUGCAGUAGACCGCGGCCGGUUUACGCUUUACCCUUUGCGGGAGUCUGGUCUCAACAUGUCUGCCUUCAUGGAUCAACUGCUUCAGCACUUUGAAAGUUGCCUCCGGACAAAAAAUCAGAUGACUACUCGAGCCUUUCGGCAGGUGGAAACCGUAGAUCUGACGAACGUGUGUGGGGCCUUUGCGAAGUUUGAAUACCAUCCCGGUGCCGAAUUCUUCGACUCGAUGGAAAAAAUUUUGCGCAGCCAGUACUUGCUUCUGGAGCUCAACUCUCGUGUGCGUAGUAUCCCGCUGUUGCUCUCGAGCUACGCAGAUCUUCGUGAGACAGUGUCGCCCGAUAUCUUGAGAAUUUUCGGGGACUGUUACCACCAGAUAAGCGCAACAUCAUGCUCCUCCGCUUCUACCUCCAGCUACACAAAUAUCGACAAUUAUUUGUUCGCGUUUGCGUGCUUGCAGCUGGACCCUGGUCGUGAAUUCCUGGAAGACUUACUACUUGCCAUUCCAUGCGAGUUGAGCAAGAUGACAUUCUCCGAAGCAGCUCAUUGUCUACGAGCAAUCGCAGUGCUUGCGUGCUUUCUGGAUAUGGGAAGCGACCAAGUCAUUACCCGAACGUCCCGCCAAGCUCGGAAAUUGAAGUUGGCUGCGGAAAAGCUGGCGGCAAUGUCCAAUGUCGCCACUGAGGGCAUAGCUUUGCGCUGUGACGAAGAUGAGCAGGGGCUUCCAACAAUCACAUACGGUGACAUCUACACGGUUCUCGUUAUGAAAUGCGAGGCAGGUUUUGCUGUUGCAAUCGGGCCUCUUGGGCAACAUCAACACGAGGCAACCAAAUUGUGCGGCGAAGGAGCAGCAAAUACAGAGGAGAAAGAGUCAGGAUCGGACAGAAAUUGUCAAAUCUCUGAGUGCAACGAGGGCGCAGAAAGAAACGACCACGACCAGCAUUUCGACUCUUUCUCUUCUCCCACCAAGGAUGACAUUGCUAUUCGCAGCGCUCGGGGCGAUCAUGUUCCUACAGAUGAUACACGUCACCUGGAUGCUUGCGGCGUUUUCUCAUUAUCGGUCUUGUUUCAAUAUCACACAGCUGCGACGAUAUGGAACAAGCACAAGAAGAAGAACACGCAAAACUCAGCUCGCUGGUGGCCCGUUCUGAGUCCCGAGCUGGAGCAAGCAGCGCGCUCGGAUUGGUUCGUUCGUGGUACAGACGGGCAUACUUCUUGCAUGGAAGAAAACGUCGCUGACGCCCUUGAACACCUCGGACUGUCCUACAUUCGAGAAUACGUAACUCCCGAUCGUGUCUGGAGCGUUGACUUUCUUGUCGAGUUGCCCGAUCAGAAUGUUCAAGUAGCCGUGGAAGUCGACGGCGAGCAGCACUACGUGAAGAACCGAGGAAACAGGUUGUGGUGCAAAACCGGAAGAACAAUAAUCCGCGACUUCUUUCAUCAAGAUGUCUUUCCCCACUUUCUGGUCCUGGAGUUCGAGGAGUACGAAAGACACAGCAAGAAUCUCGACGCAAUGGCGCGUUGGGUUGCGCGGAAGCUUCAAGCUGUAGUUUCCGAGCGGACUUGAGCACGUGUAGUCGAAAGAAUCAAUCGUAUAUUAAACGAAUUUCAUAAAUUAAGCACAAGGACAAACGAAGAAAAAUGUGCUGUCAAUUCCCUAUUCUGCGCAGACGUUGAAGAGAUAAAAUUGGCAGAGGUCCUCGUAGUUGUAUGCUCCUUUCGUCCUCGAAGAAU